UCAUAUCAUUAUCUAUCAACCAAAACAAUAAUAUGUUAGCAUUAUCGCCUUCUGUGUUCUCAACAUUUGGAUGGCUAUUAGAGGAAUCUCUGAUAAGCCAUGAAACUACCACUGAUGAUCAUCAGUCUCUUCUUGAUGAUCAAUACUAUCUCUCGCAACCACCUGCUCAGCAACCAACAUCGGAGCCCCUUCAUGCCUUCACAUCCUGUGGCACAGUUGAUCAUCAAGUCCCCAACAACAACAGUAAGAAGCUGAAUCAUAAUGCCAGCGAACGCCAUCGCCGCAAAAAGAUCAACGGCUUUUAUUCAUCCCUACGAUCAUUACUUCCUUUUGAUGAUCAAAAGAAACUAAGCAUACCGGCCACAGUUGCUCGUGUGACCAAGUACAUACCAGAACUACAACAAGAAGUUGUGAGAUUGGUUCAAAAGAAAGAAGAUCUUUGUGCAAGAUUAUCGGGGCACACGGAUCGAGUAGUUGAUCAUGAUCAAGAAAAGAAACUUAGGAGAAAAUUAAAUCAUACCUCCUCUUGUGCAGUUUAAGCAACUAGGAUUGGUGACACAAAAGUUGUUGUCCAAAUUUCAGCUUCUAAAAUGCAUGGAAACCCAUUGUC